CGAGACCGGGGCCGCCCGGGGGUUCGAUGACGCGCGCGUGGGGGCCCGGGCAGCGGGUGCGAUGCAGAAGCCCCCCGCGCCAGAUCGGCCCGUGGUCAGCGUGGACGAGGGCCCUGGCAGGCUGAGGAUCGAUUGGCGCAUCCCGGAGGCGGACCCAGAGGUGACUGCGUGCACUCUGAAGCUUCGGAUACUGGGCAGCCAGCGGUAUCAGAACUUUGACUACGCCACGGGGCGUCUCGUGCCCAAGGGGGGGUCCACCGUCCCAGCUCCCACCUGCGAUGUCACCGUAGACGGCUGCGAGGAGGGCCUCGCCUACGAGGCGAUUGUCGCCGCGAUGAAUAGCGACGGGUGGGGCGCAGCCUCGGACGUAAGCUUGCCGGUCACCAUUGGCGUUCCGAAGAUCAGGGAGAAGCCGCCAGCGCCAGGGCCGCCAAAGCUGGUAGCGCUGGACAAGGGUAGGUUCAAGGUGUCGUGGAGCAUACCGCAGGCGUGUCCGCCGGUUGAGGCUUCGCAGGUGCAGCUCGCCGACCUGGGGACGGGCAAGAAGUGGCUCGUCGAGGCCGCCACGGGCCGGCUGGUGGCGUCGGGCAAGACAACCUUCACCGCGACCCGCCUGGAAGCCACCGUCAGCAAUGCCGAAGACGGUGUUGAGUACGUCGCGGCGGUCUGCUGUCGAAACGCGGAGGGCUUUGGGGAGUACUCCAUUGACAGCGACUCGGCCAUGAACGCCGCGAACAGGAGCGGCAGCGGCAUGGAGCUCGUGCUGGCCGUCGGCGCGCCCACCUCGGAGGUGCCGGCCCUGAAGCCGCUCGGCGAGGGGAGGAUGCAGGUCAAGUGGGUCCUGCCGGAGGAAGCCAAGGC